UAAAAUAAAAAUAAAUUUAAUAGAGAUUGGAAAACAUGUUUACCUCCUGUAGGAAGAGGCUGUUGAAUCUGGCUAUAUUCAAUAAACAGUCGCCAUAAGCGAGUUUUAUAUUCGAGAAGCGAGAUGAGUACUUCAUUUUCACGAAAGAAGUCCGCCAAAUCAGCAGCAGCAGACUCUCUUAAACGAUUUCUUCACAAGGAAGAAUGUCGAUUACCCUCUGCUUAUCUUGAUUCUUUUAAACCCACAAAGAAAGAAAGUAAGCAUGCGAAGAAGGCAUGGGAGCCUUUCUCUCAGGUUUCCCCGCUAUCCAGAGACCUCUAUCAGUUCCAGCUAGUUGGUUCCCAUCCUAUUGGGCCAAGGACUUGCAUAGAGACUUUGUUACAAGGCACAAAGAUUCAGCUGGAGGAGCUUCGGUUAACACUUCUGCACACCUUUGCUGCUUCACAACAUGCCAAGGAAAGCAAAUUUUGGAAGCAUGGUCAAAUCACAAUCUUUGCUGGAACAGAUCUUAAUCUCCAACAUCGAGUUUCAAUGGAGAGCAUAUUGGGGUGUAGUAACUGUUUCUCCUUUGGCAGGUCUGAGGAGAAAGGUUUAACAUUUACAUCCAUUGUAUCUUCUGACUUCGGAUCAGGGGUAUCCUGGGGUUUUGCCAACUCAUAUAGGCCAUUCAAAAAGUCGACAUUUUUCACAAGAUUCACUUGUGAUGAGACCUCUGGAAAACGGAUAAUAUUGCAGGUUUGCUGCCUUGGAUAUUUGCAGGCGGUUCAAAAAAUCAAUGACAAAAACAUGUUGUCUCCUAUUUGUGCUGUAACACUUGGAAACCAACUUCAAGCUGGUAUCAGUUGGACACGUCAAUUCAACAGUGGGAUAGACGACACCCUCCAAGUCAAAGCCCUGUGCAAUAGAGAAGGUUCUUUCUCUUUCAAUGUUAAGGCCCAAGUUGGUGAUGUUCGGUGAUAGUAUUUAAGCAAAUGCUGGAUUGGCGGACAUACUACCACCAACUAGUUUGAGAUAUACCAUCAAUUGUGCUGAUCAUUUUAUUUAGAUUUCCCUUGCAUCUUUUAUUUGAAUAUGCUUGUUUUUAUGGGAAAGAGCAAGAUGUAAGAUAAAACUGCUGACAAGAGCGCAGGGACUGGUCAAUUUUACAGUAAGUAAUGAUUUGCAUACCAUGUAUUCAAAAAUAGAAUAAAAUUAUUGGUUUCUUCAA